AUGGGAGAAGAAACCCGUCUUCUUUGCCUCUGCAGCGGUUGCGAACCCCUAGCUGCAGAGAGUCGCUACUUAGGCGUUCAGUUCGCCUCUGUAGGUCCCUGGAAGCUGCGCAUUGUGGCGCUUGACUGCCAGGGGCCACUUCGUUUACUCGGGGAGACCCCCGAGACCGCCACCCCACUUGGAUCCAUUCCUCUCUUGAUAGAUGAAGCAGCACCGCGUCACCAGGGCGCUGAUGCUAACGACAGGAGCCUCACCGUCUUCUUCAUUCAUGGAGGUGGUGGCCGUGCUGGGCAGUUUCGUCAUGUAAUUCAUUUCCUGUCACAAAGGGGAAUUCGCUGUAUUGCUCCAGACCUUCCGGGCCAUGGGCUCAGUAGAACGGCCUCAGGGGCCGCCCGAAGAGACCCACAGGGAGCCCCUGUAUGCCCUGUGGAAGACACACAGAGCAUAAUUAAGGCCGUGUUUGACGCCCUGGCUGGUACUCGAAAGGACGAAAAGAAAGCGUCCUCCACCCCUCAUUGUGGAUCUCCUCCCCGGCGUGCUGUUUUGGUGGGUCAUUCGUUCGGCUGUCUGCAGGUUCUUCGGCUGUAUUCUCAGCUUUCCGCUGAGAACAGGGAGACAGAAGUGUCGGGAAUAUGCCUCAUUGGUGGCGAUGUGGCAAGGGGGCCCCCCGGGCUGGCUGCCUGGUUGUUUCUCUAUUUACCCCGCUUGGUGCUGCAGCUGAUCCGCUCGUUGGUAGGGCAGGUAUCUCAGCGUCUGCUGUACAGUGGAGAGACUCGGCAGAAGAAUAGGCGCCUGAUGGAUGACGAGCAGCAGAUUACUUCAAUGAAUCUUCUGGAAACUGUCCUCGAAAUACUAGCGCACUUGAAAGGAGGAGAAGCACACAAAGAAUUCCAGCGAGGUACACACAAGCAGAGGGAACCAAGGGAGGAAAGCGCAGCGGCAGGAUCUGCUGAUGCGUUCCGUGAUAAAUCGCACCGUCCUCCGGUGUUGCUGCUCUACGGAGAGGGCGAUUCUGUUACGCCUCCUGCCGCGUCAGCCGCAGCACUUGCUGCAGCCUUAGGGGCAGGACCUCUUCCUGCGAGCCUUCCAAGCCCCCAGUAUCUGCGACUGCCCUACACAGCCUGCGGUGCGGAGAUCCGUGGAAGCAGUUGUAGCAACAGAAACCUGAGCGAGUGCCUUGGCGGAGGACCGCAUGUACCCCCGGAGGAGUGGGCGAGGCAGGGGGCAGUGACAGCGGCGGUAGUGGGGAAGGCGGGCCACAAUGUGAUGCUCGAACAGCCGCUAGAAACCAACAAAGUCAUCUGGGAGUUCAUUAAGAGGCAGCUACAAACUUGA